AGAUGCGAAAAAGUUGCAUCAUUUUGGUCCUCCUCUCAUUGUCAGUUGCAAACACCUUUGCAUACUGUCCAACUCCCACCAUACAUUUCAAAUCUCUCCGGAGUUCCCUAGGAAAGCUCACGAAGCAGGAGAGCAUGUCCAGACCAUCGAAGCUUGUCUUGAGGAUGCAAGACAAGCUCGAUAUGUUCGUGAAGGAGCACAACAAACUGCACCUCGAGUCUCGGCUGAAAUAUCUCGAGCAGCAAGCUAUUGACGAUCUCAUUCUUGCAGUAGCGAAGUACGAGAAUCCCGUGUUCACGACCGCGUUGAUUGCGGGGGACGACGUCAUCUUGCACAUCUUGCACAAGUCUGGUCUGCUUCCGAAAGUGAAGAUUGUCUUCAUCGACACGUUGCAUCUCUUUCCUGAGACGCUCGAAUUUCUUGAGAAGGUUGAGAAGUUUUACGGAUUCAAGGCUGUGAUCUACAAGGCCGAAGGAUGCGAAACCCGCGAGGAGUUUGAUGAGAAGUACGGGGACGAUAUCUUCAUUGAAGACAUCGAGACCUACGACAAGGUAGCGAAGGUCGAGCCUCUCCUUCGGGCUCUGCGAGAGAGUAAGACCAAACUCUGGAUCAACGGGCGGAGACGAGAUCAAGGCUUCGAACGAGCAGCGCUCGAGGUCUGGGAGAAGGAGAAGAUGAACCCAAUCGCUUUCUGGACCUUUGAGGACUGCUGGAAAUACAUCGAGCAACACAAGGUCCCCUACCAUCCCCUCCAUGAUGAUGGCUACCCUUCCUUAGGAGACAUGCACAGCACACUGCGCGUGGAGAAGGAGAAGUGGUUCUUGUACGGAAUGGAACGGGCUGGAAGGUUUCAGAAUAUGCAGAAUCCCGAUGGAUCGGACAAGACAGAGUGCGGGAUUCACACAGUCAGGUGAGACGACUGGUUUUUGAAUUGCCAGCUAUCGGCCGCUGCUCGAUUCCUUGACUUAAUCGGUCGCAGUUCACCUCUCACAAAAUGAUUUCUUCGUGUCGAAAUUUGGACGUUUGGAUACAAUAUUCUUGUUGUUUCUCCUUAAAUCACUUACAAGC